AUGUCGAUGAGCAUUGCCAUUAAUACGAAAGAACCUAGCAUCGUGUCCUGCUCUAAGCGAGUAAAAAAUUCCGCGCAGGAGGGUGUCACAUCUUCAUAUGGUAGUACGUUGCAUCCCGCGGCGGCUCGGAUGCAAUCCUAAAGGGAAGUUACGAAAUCGGACGCGGGUUCUCAGCUUCGCGGCAUCGAUGAGAGACGGCGACAAGACUCUCUCCAGCCGAGGGAGAAAACAGCGGGUUCGACGAAGGAGACCAGUAUUUAAGUCGGCGUUACCGGCCCGAUCAAGGGAGUAUGCUUUCUAGCACAGAGGUUCUAUCCUAGAGGCAAUAUUAAGUUACCAGCUAAGCCUUAUAUCAUUCCUGUGCAACGAAAAUCUUCAUUUUAUCUUGCAUUGGUCUCGUUUGAAAUCUCACGUCUUACCAUGGAGGAAUCCCUGCCCCCGGUCUCUCCGUCUAAGAGACCGUCCCCCCUCUCCUUCAGCUAUGGCCUCGUGAGCACUCCUCAGUUCUCAACCGUUACCAAAGCCUUCUUCCAUUAUGCUUCAACUCAGCCGCAGGCUCUGGCGGCUCGCGACCUCUCCGUUGAGCCGGCUGUGCAGAUUACAUAUGGUGAACUCGCACGACGCAGCGCUAAGUUGGCACGCAAGCUGCAAACCUUGGGAGUUACCCCCGGUAGUCGGAUUCCCCUCGUUGUCAAGAGGGGGAUUGAUAUGCUCGUGGGAAUCUUUUCAAUAUUGGCUUGUGGGGCCCAGUAUGUCCCUCUUGACGGCUCUGUUGUUCCUGACGAGACUCUACAAUUCGUCUUAGAACAGACUGGCGGAUGUACCGCCUUAGCCCUCAAAUCUACCCGUCAUCGUCUAGCGAAUGCAGGUGUCGCCAAUGUUGUCGUUGUUGAUGACUUGGACAAUGCAGAUGAGGACGAGAUUGAUGAAGAAGAAGGGUUCGUGGACUUGGCUAGUCCUGAAAGCGGGUGCUACGUGAUUUAUACUUCAGGUGUCAAUGUCACUCAUCGAAAUGUGACAAAUCUGAUCUGUCAUGCCCCUGGCAACUUGGGUAUCUCACCAGGCAAACGCGUGGGCCAAGUGCUGAAUAUCAGCUUUGAUAUGGCGGCCUGGGAGACUCUGGGGUGUCUGUCAAACGGUGGAACUUUGAUCAUCCGCGGCUCAGAUUGGACAUGCACCUUGAAAGAGAUCGACAUUUUAAUCUGCACCCCGACAAUCCUAUCUUUGUACAAUCCUCAGGAUUACCCACGGCUCAAGACGGUAGCUACUGCCGGCGAGCCAUCUUCACAGAGGCUUGCCGAUACUUGGGCCGCUCAGACAACAUAUUACAAUUGUUGUGGUCCUACUGAAACGACCAUUGUCAACACAAUGCACCAACAUCAACCUGGCCUUCCGUUGACAAUUGGAAGGCCGACGCCAAACAACAAUGUUUACAUACUCGACCAGGACCUUGUGCCCGUCGAAGUAGGGCAGAGUGGGGUGAUGUGGGCUGGUGGCUUGGGUGUCUCUUCUGGAUACGUGGGAAUCCCAGAGAUAACUGCCGAGCGAUAUGUCCUUGACCCAUUUGCUCAAAAAGGGUCCAAGAUGUAUAACACUGGGGAUGUCUGUCAGUGGAACCCCGAUGGCUCGGUACAUAUUUUGGGUCGCGUUGACGACCAGGUCAAAGUGAAGGGCUUUCGGGUUGAGCUUGAUGGAAUUGCGGCAUCCCUUACUUCUUGUCACCUUGUUCAGAGGGCAGCGGCAUUGCUCAUCGAGGGUGAAAUCCACGGCUUUCUCACGCCUUCUCACUGUCGCCUCUCAGUAGUGAAGGAUCACAUGAAGGACUGCCAGCCUUACUAUGCUAUGCCAAGUCACUAUCACCUAUUGGAGUCGUUGCCCAUGACCGAGAAUGGUAAAGUCGACAAGAGAGCACUGCGAACUCUCGCAUUGGCUGGGCAAGAUAGCACAGAGUGCGAAAAUCUGCCGAGCCAUCUCAUCAACUCUCCUCAACCCGCUGAUCUCGAACAAACGCAGUCGGACUCCUCGUCCUCAAGCGUGACGCAAGUCUCCACAUAUUCCGAGAAGCUGGAUAGUACCGUGAUUGAAAAGGACAGCGACUUUGACCUGGAGGCCGUAUUGCCUGAGAAGAAACACCGGAAGUAUGCACGGGGCCUCCGCUACCGCGGCCUGAUUGUUUACCGACGCCUCCUGUCUUUGGUUGGCUUAUUCAAUAUUACGGCAGCCAUUGCCUUGGUGCUUACGGGUAUUACCAGGCAGUGGCUAGGCAAUAUCACUGCCAUAAACCUGGCCACAGCCGUCCUUAUCCGCCAAGAUUUCGUCAUCAACACUCUCUACACCAUCGCCUGCAGUGUGCCCAAGUCGUGGCCCCUCUUCGUCAGAGCCCGAUGUGGUAAGAUCUAUCAUCUCGGUGGUGUUCACUCCGGGGCGGCCAUAAGCGCCGGCGGAUGGCUGCUGGCAACAAACAUUGCAGAUAUCGUCUGCAUGAGCUCAGGCUCAAGCUGCUCGAAUUGGGGUCACCAGUCUGUUGAGGCAAAGGUCGUCUCCUGGAUGCUGGCCAUGCUCUUUGUUGUUAUGAUUACCCUUGCAUGGCCGACAAUGCGCAAGAAGCACCACGAUUUAUUCGAGAUGACGCACCGUUUCGUCGGCUGGACAAUGCUGGCCCUUUUCUGGGUUCAAGUCGUCCUUACAAACAAAGACAGUGCCCCAGAAGGCGUAUCUCUUGGAAGCGCCUGUUUGAGAUCUCCGUCUUUCUGGCUUCUUGCGGUGUCAACUGCGAGCGUGGCUUCUUCAUGGCUCUUCCUUCGUAAGGUGCCUGUGGAAGCUGAGGUUCUAUCAGACCACGCUGUGAGGCUGCACUUUGACUAUACGGUCCCGGUCAAUGGUUCAUUCGCCCGUUUGUCGCGCCGCCCACUGAUUGAAUGGCAUUCCUUUGCUACAAUCCCCGCUCCGGAAGCGAACAAUAAUCGACCGAAGGGUUAUUCCCUUGUCGUGUCGAAUGCAGGCGACUGGACUAAGUCAACUAUUCGCCAGCCACCCACGCAUAUCUGGACCCGAGGCGUCCCCACCUGCGGAGUCAUGCGCAUUGCAACAUUAUUCAACCGCGUGGUCCUUAUCGCAACUGGCUCUGGCAUUGGGCCGGUCCUGGGCCACAUUAACAACCUACCGUACGAUACACAAUUGAUAUGGUCAACAUCUCGCCCGGAGCAAACAUUCGGGGACGAAUUGUGCAAUUCGAUUAUAAGACAGAUCCCAGAUGCUGUUAUCCAUGAUACCAAAAAGCUCGGCCGCCCAGAUCUCGUCAAGAUGGGUUUCAAUUUGGCUAAGAGCUUCAAAGCUGAGGCGGUGAUUAUUAUUGCAAACGAAAAGAUUACGAAGAAGGUUGUUUACGGCCUUGAAACGAGAGGAGUUCCGGCUUACGGUGCUAUCUGGGACAGCUGAAUGAUUUUACGAGGGAAGGCUAUGAUUAGAUAGUUGGAGUUAAUGGAGGAGUGUUGAUUGAUCCGUUAGGGUCGAUUUGAUCAGGGCAAUGGUGCUCAAGACAAUCAUCAAUAUAUACAUUUGAUCAA